CAUUUUGCAUUUGCAUUUGCAUUUGCAUUUGAGUUUCAUUUCGGAGGGAAAAAUUUGUAACAAAGACGCCUUUGUGUUCCUCUUUUUUGACUCACAAAUUCUUCUCUGCAACCAACUUUCCCGCAAACUCUUCAACUUCUGGAUCAACUAAUCAACGAAUAUGUGUACGGGGGAUUUGAUUGCGGACCAUAGUAACGGUCCAAAACAUGAUAUAACCGUAACCGCUGUUUCAGUUUUGCUUGAAUUAUCAGCGGCGGAUAAUCUGGAACAAUUUAGGUCAUUGGUUGAACAAGAGGGUUUGGAUGUUAACGAAUCUGGUUUGUGGUACGGUAGAACGUUGGGUUCGAAGAAGAUGAAGCUCGAGGAGAGAACGCCUCUUAUGAUUGCUUCCAUGUUUGGUAGCAAACAGGUUUUGAACUUUAUUCUAGGGUUAAACGGUGUAGAUGUUAACAAAUGUUGUGGUUCAGAUCGGGCAACUGCGUUGCACCUGGCGGUUGCUGGUGGUUCUACUUCAUGUGUUGAGGUAGUUAAGCUUUUAAUCGAUGGUUCUGCUGAUACGAAUUGUUUAGAUGUUCAUGGGAAUCGGCCCGUGGAUCUAAUCCCUUUUGCGUUUGGUUCUUCGUUCAAUUCGAGGAGGAAGUUGUUAGAACUUGUGCUAAAUGGUUACUCUGAUGAUCAAGAAUUGCUUGUGUUGAAUGAUUUAAGCGAUAACCUUGUUGAAGAACAAAAGGUUUCCCCAAUUUUGAUCAAGAAAGAGUAUCCGGUUGAUUUGUCACUACCCGACAUGAAAAACGGGAUAUACAACACGGAUGAAUUUCGGAUGUACGCUUUCAAGAUCAAACCAUGCUCGAGAGCGUACUCUCACGAUUGGACCGAAUGCCCGUUUGUUCAUCCGGGCGAAAACGCUAGAAGACGCGACCCACGAAAGUAUCAUUACAGCUGCGUCCCAUGCCCCGAGUUUCGUAAAGGAUCUUGCAGGCAAGGAGAUAAUUGUGAAUAUGCUCAUGGGAUUUUCGAGUGUUGGCUUCAUCCCGCACAGUACCGAACCCGUUUAUGCAAAGAUGAAGUCGGGUGUAGUAGAAAAGUAUGUUUCUUCGCACAUAAGCCCGAAGAGCUUCGACCUUUACACCCGUCCACUGGCUCUGCCGUACUUUCUCCUCGAUCGUUAUACGAUGUUUCAUCGGUUAGUCCUUUUUCUAUCGGCUCCCCAUCAAUCAUGGUCCCUCGAAGCUCCACACCACCGAUUACUCCCGGAGCUUCAUCUCCUCGAAACACACUUAUUUGGUCAAACCAGUCUCCCCCGACAACGAAAGUUCUCGGUAGCCGGUUUCGGAUGGCACCGAGUGGUCAAGAUUUGGAUCUUGAAACUGAGUUGAUGAUGGUGGAUCGUUACCGUCAACAGCAGUUGAUCGAUGAGCUUGCACGCUUGUCUCCACCAUCUAGUUGGAACAACAACUCGGGUUUUCCCAGCGAGUACUUUGAAGAAUACGAAACAGUCAACGGGUCAAACCGAAUUAACCCCUUACACCAAAGCAUGAACUAUUCUUCUGGACUUCCAUCUUCACCAUUGAGGAUGUCAUCAUUUGGAGCUAAUCAGAUUAUGAACUCAAGAGCCGCUGCAUUUGCAAAGCGGAGUCAAAGUUUCAUUGACCGUGGGGCGGUCAACCGUCAGUCUGCGUCAUCUGUAAUGGCGCCUUCCACGCUUUCAGGUUGGAGCUCUCCUGAUGGGAAGUUAAAUUGGGGCAUACAGAAAGACGAGCUCAGUAAGUUGAGGAAAUCCGCUUCGUUUGGCGUGCACAGAUCACCGGAUCCAUUGUCGAUACCGAAUAAUCAAGAUCCCGAUAUUACAUUUGAUGAUGAACAGCAUUUUUCACCGUUGUUGGAUCAGGAGCAGCUUGUUGCUUGAUUAUGACAACAUUAUAACCCUUUUAACAUGAAUUCGCAUUCUUAUUCUUGCGAAUUUUGACGCGAAAUUCGAUUUGUUACAAGAAACUUCAGAAGGUUGAAAGCAUCCAUCUGAUGAUAGUCUGUAAGUUCAAUUUUUGUCUAUGUAUUUCAUUGUUAUUGAUUUCAUUUUCAAUAAGUUAAAGACAGUAAUCUGUAGACUUGAUCUAGAAGUCUUCUAUUUAAUGGUGUAAUAUGCCACUGUUUUUUACAAUUUAUAUAUGAUUAAUAAUAUGAUAAUUGAUGUUUGUA